AUGGAUGGGGAAGAAGUUUGGGAUGGAGAAGAAGUUUGGGAUGGAGGAGAAGUUUGGAAUGGAGGAGAAGAACUGAAGUAUGGAGAAGAAAUAAGGAAGAAGAACUUUAGGAGGGAGACGAAGUCAAGGAAGAAGAAGUUUUGGAUGGAGAAGAAGUUUGGAAUGGAGAAGACUCUACUAAUUAAGGAAGCAGAAGAAGUUAAGGAGGAUGGAGAAGAAGAUGGGGAAGAUGUGAAGGAAGGAGAAGAAGUUAAGGAAGAAGAAGAAGAAGUUUUGGAUGGAGAAGAAGUUAAGGGUAAAGAAAAAAGUAUGGAUGGGAAAGAAGUUUGGGAUGGAGAAGAAGUUAAGGAUGGAGAAGAAGUUUGGGAUGGAGGAGAAGUUUGGAAUGGAGGAGAAGAAUCGAAGUAUGGAGAAGAAAUUAAGGAAGAAGAAGUUUAG